AUGUUCCUCUGGCCCCUCGCAAAACAGCGACUUCUCACUAAUGUGGAGAGAAGGAGGCGCCACCUGACGAUUGAUACUACUUGCGGUUUGUGCUCCCAUGCGGAAGAAACAACGUUGCACGUCGUCCGUGACUACACUUUGGCCGCCGCUAUUUGGAGAAAAUUGUUGUCGGGGAAGUUCCACGCCACUUUCUUUGCACAACAAUUGGUCCUGUGGGUGUCUUCGAACCUUUUGCCGGGGUCUGAUAUUGGGGAAACUAACUGGGACCGUACUUUUGGGGUUGUGGUGUGGAAACUUUGGAAGUGGAGGAACGAACUCUCUUUCAGGGGCGGGCUAGGGAUAAAGAAAGCGGUUAAGGUGCACUAUGCGUUUCGUGAAGAGAAUUUCGCAGCCGAUUAUUUGGCUUCAUUAGCGACGGAAGGAGCCUUAGGGUAUCACUUCUUUCAUGACCCGCUCGGUUUGGCUGUGGUUGUCCCAUGA